CCUUCACAUUUGUAACAGAUAAACAUCACUUGCCAAAUAUAUCUCUAACUAACCUUUACGAUUCUUCUGCACUUUUCUUCUCCAUCUCUAAUCCAUAACUUAUUCUGUAUUUCCUUUUUCUCCUUUCCAAUGUCACUAACAAAUCUGCGUACAAUGAAUUAUACUAGCUUUACAAGUAUUAUUGAUCCAUCAGCGAGUGUUUGAUCGAGAAGGGAAUAUUAGAAAAAAUAUAUAUAAAAUUAAAAAAAAAGAAGUUAGUUUAUAUAUAGGAUAGGAAGUGAUCUGGGUGGAAUGGAAGGGGUGGAUGAAAUUAUAGAGAGGCUUUUGGAAGGGAGGAAGAUCAGAGGGAAGAAGAUUCAGCUGACAGAGACGGAGAUCCGUCAACUUUGCAUGAUGGCCAAGGAUAUCUUCCUCAGCCAACCUAAUCUUUUGGAGUUAGAAGCUCCCAUUAAUGUUUGUGGUGACAUUCAUGGGCAAUAUUCAGACUUACUACGGCUCUUUGAGUCCGGUGGCUUUCCACCGGAUGCCAACUACCUAUUCCUUGGAGAUUAUGUGGACAGAGGAAAGCAAAGUAUUGAGAGCAUAUGCCUCCUCCUAGCUUACAAGAUCAAAUUCCCUGAUAACUUCUUUCUCCUCCGUGGAAACCACGAAUGUGCUUCCAUUAAUAGAAUCUACGGAUUCUAUGAUGAGUGCAAGCGUCGGUUCACUGUUCGCCUCUGGAGAACUUUUACAGAUUGCUUCAACUGUUUGCCAGUGGCUGCAGUUAUUGAUGACAAGAUCUUAUGCAUGCACGGUGGGCUUUCGCCAGAAAUGGAGAGCUUGGAUCAGAUAAGAGUCAUUGAAAGGCCUAUUGAUGUCCCAGACCAAGGCCUCCUUUGUGAUCUGCUUUGGUCUGACCCUGAUAGAGACAUUACAGGGUGGGGUGAGAAUGAUAGGGGUGUUUCAUUUACCUUUGGACCGGACAAGGUGGCUGAGUUCUUGAAGCAACAUGACCUUGAUCUCAUAUGCCGAGCUCACCAGGUGGUUGAAGAUGGUUAUGAAUUCUUUGCAAACAGGCAGCUGGUUACCAUAUUCUCGGCACCAAACUACUGUGGAGAAUUCAACAAUGCAGGUGCACUGAUGACCGUGGAUGAGAGUUUGCUAUGUUCUUUCCAAAUUAUCAAACCAUGGAAAGGAAAAUAAAUGAAUAAAUUCCAGAGACUAUCCAAGGAAGAUGUUGAAAUCUCUUUGCGCGCGACAAACAUUAUGGUAGAGCUAACCAUAUGCAUUAAGCGCGUGUGCUUGUUGCUGUGUUUUGAGUCAGAAAUGUUCCAUUAGCAUCCAGCACAGAAUAACCCUUGUUUCCUUCACUUGGUGAUUAUCCUUGUAACAACAAACCAAUCAAACAAUGGAAAAAAGUUUUGUAUAUAAAUCCCUAAUGGUUUUAAUUGCCUUGUAGCUUGAAAUUAAACAAAUAA